CAUUAAUACCCUUGUGAAGAUCAGCAAAAGUGCUGGUGCCAUGUUGAAACCACAUGCCCCCAAACUCAUUCCAGCUUUGUUGGAAUCUUUAAGUGUACUGGAGCCCCAGGUUCUUAAUUAUCUGAGCCUCCGGGCCACAGACCAGGAAAAGGCUGCAAUGGAUAGUGCUAGACUCAGUGCUGCUAAAUCCUCUCCCAUGAUGGAAACAAUCAACAUGUGCCUGCAAUACCUAGAUGUGUCUGUCUUGGGCGAGCUAGUUCCUAGAUUAUGUGAAUUGAUCAAAAGUGGAGUAGGUCUUGGUACUAAGGGAGGAUGUGCCAAUGUAAUUGUGUCAUUAACCACUCAGUGUCCUCAGGAUUUAACACCUUACUCCGGAAAACUCAUGAGUGCAUUGCUCAGUGGCUUGACAGACCGGAACAACGUGGUACAAAAGUCCUUUGCAUUUGCUAUGGGACAUUUAGUUCGAACUUCACGAGAUAGUAGCACUGAGAAACUGCUACAGAAACUCAAUAGCUGGUACAUGGAAAAAGAAGAACCGAUAUACAAGAGCUCAUGUGCUUUGACCAUUCAUGCCAUUGGGCGCUAUAGCCCUGAUGUGCUUAAAAGCCAUGCCAAGGAGGUGCUGCCACUGGCAUUCCUGGGCAUGCAUGAGGCAGCUGGUGAGGACAAAGGGGAAAAGGAUGAGGCUACUCUGUGGACUGAAGUGUGGCAGGAAAAUGUGCCAGGUUCCUUUGGUGGCAUCCGAUUGUACAUGCAGGAGUUGAUUGUUAUUACCCAGAAAGCUUUGCAGUCCCCAUCUUGGAAAAUGAAAGCCCAGGGUGCAACUGCUAUGGCAUCAAUUGCAAAGCAAACAAGUUCCUUGGUACCCCCACAUCUGGGAAUGAUUAUGACGGCUUUAUUGCAGGGGUUGGCUGGUAGAACAUGGGCAGGAAAGGUAAAAGAAUGCUUUAUGUAAAGUUGAUUGAUUCAUGUAAAUGUGUCUAGUUUUUGGCAACAGACACUUAGCAUAGCUAUAAGUAUUGGCAUUUCAAGUAAGAAUAAAUCAAACUGUAGAUAUUUUAUCCUUUAUCAGUCAAUUACCAAGCAUUUGUUUUGCAACUAUUAUGUGCUAGGCACUA